UUGUUGUCAAACGAAUGAAACGUCAUGUCAUUAAAGUUAGUAACAGGAACUAAAAAUUGUUUUUUAUAUGUUAAAAUACAAUAAUUGUGCUUAUUUUCGGAACAAUCCCAUGAAAUAUAACUACAAUGAGCGUCAUCCAAAAGUAUAGUGUAAAGUACUAAGAGAAUAGUGAUUUAAGUGGGCUGCAAUGGCAGCAGCAUUUCAACAACAGAUUUUCGCUCUGGACGCCAGAUUCAAUGCAUACCGAGCUCCGAAUAAUCCAAAUUUUAAGACCCUUUACAUACGUCGGCGCAGUCAACUUCUUCGUGAAAAUGCUAAAUUCAAGGAUAUAGAGACAAUAAAGAAGUACCUGAACAUCAGAAGCCAGCUGCUGCAGCGUCGUUAUGGAGUGCAAGACAACAUCUCACUUAGCUCAACAUCCUCAAGGCAGAGGUCUAGUAGCAAAGCCAGUCUGGCACUUGAUGACUUCCCUUCACCGGGCCCUAAUUCUAAAAAGAAAAAUGACCUCACCAUAUCAGAAAACUACGCUUUUACAGGAGUACAUCAUAUAUUUGAUCAGCACACAGAUCAAGUGAGCAUGGUGAAAUUUGCAAACAACGACCGGUCGAAGCUGUGCUGCGCGUCACACGACGGCACCGUAUCCAUUUGUGACGUCACAGCAUCGCCGCCCCGCGUGAGCGUGGUCUUCGAUGGACAUACUGACGCUGUCACCGGGUGCGACUGGUCGGCGUCCAACGAGCUGCUGGUGACGUGCGGGCUGGACGGCGCGCUGUGCCUGUGGGACGUGGCGCGGCGCAGGCGCCUGCGCGCGGCGCGGGACCAGCUGCGCGCGCCGCUGCUGUGCUGCUGCUUCCAGCCCGCCAACAACAACAUGGUCAUCGCCGGCAACGCAAGAGGAAUGGUUGAGGUUUUGAACAUAUCGACGGGAAUAUAUCCAAGAGGUGGGAGUAGUAUCCUCGGUGGGAAAGUGCUGUCUAUAGCGUGCGAAUCGAGCGGCCGAAUGUUCUGGGCAGCCAACGAUAAGGGUGUGAUCGUGAGCUACCGCAUGGAGGGCGCGGGCGGCGCGCUGAGCAAGCUGCGGCGCUGCGUGGUGGGCGGGCCCGUCAGCUGCCUCAGCUGGAGCCCGUGGCUGGCGCGCCACCCCGCGCUGCUCGUCAGCGCGCAGGACAACUCGCUCUACCUGUUCCGUAUCACGGACCGCGAAGGCACACUCCUAUUAAAGAAGCGUUUCGACGUGCUUUCUACACAUCAGAGCGUGCGAUCCACGUUCUGCCCGAUCAUGUCGUUCCGUCGCGGCGUAUGCGUCGUGUCGGGGAGUGAAGAUUCCUGCGUCUAUUUCCUCGACAUCGAAGGCCGCGCUGAUAACCCAGUUGUCAAUAAGCUACAAGGGCACGCGGCACCGGUGCUGGGUGUGAGCUUCAGCUACGACGAGAGUCUGCUAGCCACGAGUGACGUCACCGGCCUCGUCAUCAUCUGGCGGCGCGGGUGAUUCCAAACGACGUGCUCUUCGAAUUGGUUAACCCUUUCAACGCUACUACUUGCUACUCCUUUGACUACACGUUGCGAACUUGCGACCCGUAAGGAUUAAAUCUCGUAAAUAUGCAGGUAAAAAGAUUUUAUAUGACAUACAUAACAUGGCGUAGAUGUCACGGAAGUGAACUGUCGAAUAAAGUUGGACUUUGGCGUUAAAGGGCUAAAAUGGCUCUUCACUGAUAAAGUAACUGUUAUUUUCUUAGUACGUGACAGUUCGUUCGUUUUCACGUGAGGAAGGUCAAAGGGUUCUAGAGAUGACGAUUUGACAUGACAACAAGAAUAUGAGACAUGUUGGCGCUAAAUCUUGUUAAGAAUUAUCUGGCCAAGUCUUUGACCCAAAAAGCAUUUCGAAUCUCUAAUAAAUAAUAAUAUA